AUGGCACAGAGAUGGAGAAAGUUAGCAACUGCUGGAGGACUUAAAAUUCUAGACUACGUGGAUGGCGAGGUUGAACCACACAAGCUAAGGGAAAUCGAACCAGAGCUUUUCAUAAAGUUCUUGCGAAUUCCUUCCCUGAAAACCUACUCAAGUUUGACUAAAAGGCUGAAAGGUUGUCCAGCAAACUGGCUGACCGAAUUUUUGCUUCUAGGCGGGCUUUCCACGCUAUUCGAGGUUCUCGAGAAUCUCAGUCAGAGAAGUAUUGCAAAGUUUUCUGAUGCAUUUCUUCAACUUGAAUGUGUUCGAUGCAUUAUG